AACAUAGGAACAAACAGAUGCCUUUAAAAAAUGAACUUCUUCAUUUUAUUUUGCUGCCCUCAUGCAGGCUCUAAGACCAGGAAGAUUCCCUAUCCAACCAAGAACCCUUUCACCUGGAUCUUCCUGCUGGUCUCCUGCCCCAACUACACCUAUGAACUGGGCUCCUGGCUCGGCUUCACACUAAUGACUCAGUGCCUGCCGGUGGCCUUCUUCACCUUGGUGGGUUUUAUCCAGAUGACUGUGUGGGCCAAGGGGAAGCACCGCAGUUACCUGAAGGAGUUCCGUGACUACCCUCCUCUCCGCUCACCCAUCCUGCCCUUCAUCCUGUAGAGGAAUACUUGACUGCUCCCUUGUCCAUUCAGCUCUCCCUGCUGCUUGUAAUACUAAGUGCUCUACACUUGCUGUGUUUUUUUUAAUUACCCACAAACAAACCCAUUCUGACUGGUUAAUUGACGUUUGUGCAUUUGGACUCCCAGAACAGAUCUUCACCUUCAAACUAAGUGUAUCCUGAAUUACAAACUGUACAUAAAUACAUUAAGAUGUCCAGCACCCUCAUCAGAUACUGUUGUUGUGAAGCUGAAUCUGCAUAUGGUGAUAUUCAGUAAAGCUUUAGUUUUUAUAUCCAUUCAUCAUUCAUUUGAAAUCAUGAUGGCAUGUCUUUUUGUCUGAAGUAAUUUAUUAAAAAAAAAAAGUUAAACCAAA